UCUGUCGGGCGGCACCCUUGAUCGCCAGGCCGACAACGCGCCUGGUUCAACCGAGGAUCUUCCAUCGACGUCACCGCGUCGCAAGGCACCUGAGCUUUGACGAGAUCACGCGCCUCCAAUUCACCCACUGCUGCGAUUGCUUCAACAAGAUUAAGCGUGACUUCCAUCGCCAUGCGAUAGCGCGUCGACAUGGACACCCUCCACCCACGCGCUGAGUGGGAGAGUGUCGGCGAUAAGUGGUUCCGCAAGACGCAGCUCUACACCGAGGUGUUCGACCAGGAUCUUGACCUUGACAAUUACGUCGUGACCGGCGCUCCGUACGCAGGCGCACUCGCAUUAUGGCGGGACGACACAAAGCUGCAGGAGUACCGACCUGGACAGUCGUCGAAACCUUCGAUAGACAUCUACACCCUUGCUGGCAAGAAGCUGCGCAGCAUACCAUGGGACAAGGGGACCAUCAAGAGUCUCGGAUGGUCCGAGGAUGAGACCCUCCUGGUCGUGACAUCUGAUGGAAACGUGAGGUGUUACGACCUGCAAGGCGACUUUAGUCACUUCUCGCUUGGCCAUGGCGCCGAUAACUUUGGGGUGGAAUCAUGCCGGUUCUACGACAACGGCAUGGUCGCUUUGUUGGGAAACAAUGCUCUCAUCUCGGUGUCUUCGUACUCAGAACCGCGGCCAAAGCAACUAGCGCGGUCUCCGGAGGGGCAGAUUCAUGCAUGGGGCAUCAUCUCGCCAGAUCACACACUCUCUCGUUCCGUCGAGGUUCUUCUCAGCAUCAAUUCGACCGUGUACGUUGUCGACGCGACAGAGUGCGAGGAUCGGUUUCUAGAUAUCGGACCUUUCAGCCACAUCAGUGUUUCGCCGGAUGGUCAGUUUGUCAAUCUGUAUGGCAAAAACGGCACAGCACACAUUAUUUCCAGUGAUUUCAGAGAACGGAUAUUCGAGCACAACUCAGAUUCCAACACGCCACCCAAGUACGUGGAAUGGUGCGGCAGCGAUGCGCUCAUUGCGUGGGAGGACGAGGUGCACAUCAUUGGUCCCGGCGAGGAAUCCUCGACAUACAUCUACGACAGCACACGGGUACAUGUAAUCUCGGAAUACGACGGUGCCAGGCUCAUCACGAACGACUUUUGCGAAUUCCUGGAGAGAGUACCGCGGGAGACGAUACAGGUACUGGGGCACGCCUCCGAAUCAUCGCCUGCAUCGAUUCUCCUUGAUGCUGUGGGCCAACUGGAGCUCGAGUCGCCCAAGGCGGACGAUUACAUCCAGCUCAUCCGGCCGAAUCUCACGGAAGCCGUGGACACGUGCGUGAAUGCGGCUGGCCGCGAGUUUGAGACGUACUGGCAGAAGCAACUACUCAAGGCGGCUUCUUUUGGCAAAUCGGUGCUCGACAUCUACAACAGCGAUGAUUUCGUGGACAUGUGCGAAACGCUGAGGGUUCUCAAUGCUGUCCGAUACUAUGAGCUUGGAAUAGCCCUGUCAUUUGAGCAGUACCAGCGCCUUACCCCCGAGAAACUAAUUCGACGCCUCCUGAGUCGCCAUGAGUACCUGCUAGCUCUCAAAAUUGCCGGAUAUCUCAAGCUGCCAACAGAUCGCAUCUACGUGCAUUGGGCCUCGACCAAGGUACGCGUAGGGUCAGAAGACGACGAUACCAUUUGCCGCUUAGUGGUCGAUCGACUAUCAGGCAAGCCUGGAAUUUCUUUCGAGGAGAUCGCACGUGCAGCCUACCACGAAGGACGCCAUCGCCUUGCCACCGAGCUUCUGAACCAUGAGUCGCGGGGAGGCCGCCAGGUGCCGCUGUUGCUAGACAUGGAAGAGGACGAGCUUGCGCUGGACAAGGCCGUCGAGAGCGGUGAUACCGACCUCAUACUGUCAGUGCUGCUGCAGCUCAAGAAGAAACUACCCCUCGCCAGCUUCUUCCGCACAAUCAACUCACGGCCGGCAGCGACCGCGUUGGUCGAGGCGUCUGCUCUCAGAGAAGGCGACAAUACGCUCCUGAAGGACCUGUACUACCAGGACGACCGCCGCGUUGAUGGCGCAAAUGUGUUCAUCAGAGAAUCUCUACAACAGCCAGAUGCCAGGACCGCUGUGGACAAGAUGGCGCUUGCUGCCAAGCUCCUUUCGGACUCUCGCGAGACGUCCUUUGAAGUGCACGCCCUCAAAGAAGCGACGACGCUUCUGCGCAUGCAGGACUCUCUUGAUCGCGACUUGUCGGACACCUUUACUGGUCUGAGCGUGAACGAGACCAUGUUCAAGCUCAUGCGCCUCGGGUACAAUGGGCGGGCGAAGAAGAUUCAGAGCGAGUUCAAGGUACCGGAGAAGGUGGCGUGGUGGAUUCGACUACGUGCACUUGUCGCCAAGCGAGACUGGAACGAGAUUGAGGAUAUCUCCAAGUCGCGAAACAGCCCGAUUGGGUGGCAACCCUUUUAUAAUCUCACCUUGCAGGCCGGCAACCCUCGUCUGGCUGCGGUCUUUAUCCCCAAAUGUACCGGGCUUGAGCCUGGGGAGACUAUUGAAAUGUACGAGAAGUGCGGUAUGCGCAUCAAGGCUGCCGAGGAGGCUGUGAAGCAAAAGAACCAGGAGGCAUGGCAGAGGCUCCUCGAUGCCGCCGGUAAAGGCUCGCAGGAGGGGCGUGAGAUUGAGCGGCUGGGACAUGCGGCAUUCAAGAAGAGCUGAGCCUGUUUCAUCAAACGACAAUAGUACUACGUGAUACCUUCUUGGGGUCUGGUAGUCGAAACAUGGGGUUUGGGAUGGUCGAGUGACUCGAGUCGUCGACCAGGUCCAGACCCUUGAGCGGGAUGGAUCUAGAUCCGCCAUACAAGAACUACAGAGGCGCGCUUGGCCUAAUUCACAUCACGGCAGUCCUUGCUUUUCUUGGGAAGAAUGAUGUGGGUAUUGCAUUGAUCGGAAUGUAGAUUGAUCGGGAUCCCGCAACGUUAGAUUCGAAACAUUUCCAACCCUCGUGACGUUUCGCUGCCUACCCUACGUCGAAGACUUUGGACAUACCUACGUCAGGCAUGUUGUUUGACGGUUCGAAACACUUCUACCAAGUAGCACACAUAGUUCGCGCUAUGUUUCACGAAUUUAGUUUAUGGAUUUAGUCUUUGCCCUAGUUUCUAUACCAACCGUGCGGCAUCGAGUCAUGCGGCCUCGACCUAGGGGACA